ACUAAUUUCUCAUCUUAUUUUAAAGUUUAGAAUAAUAACUGAACAAUAUGGAAUAUUAUGGGCUGGAAUCGGUCUGCUACAUCUGGCAACACUGUUUGAACACUUUAGUCACAUGACCAGGGUGUUUCAGAUAAUGCUUGGAAAAGUCUAGAUCGGAUACAUGGCCAGGUGAAAAUAAAUGAAAUUUUUAAUAAAUAAUAACAAUAUUUCUCGUUAACGUCCGGCAACAACUACCGGUGCUUCGAAACGUCAGUUUCACGUCACCCAGACGUACAGGAAGAGCAAAUUAAAAGUGAAACAGCCGUUCGAUCUUGCAGAGGGCAGAUAGCACCGCAUUUUAAAAUCAGGUUAACGUUAAAAAAUAAUUAACUGUUUUUCACCGUAAGUGACUUAGGCAGUGAGUGACGAUGUUGGGAAAAUCCAGGGAAAAAAUAUUGGUCUUAUUCCAGCUGAUGUUGCUGUCGACUGAAAUGUCUCUGCAGGAGAGCAUUGUGGGUUUUAUUGGUGACUCAGUUGUUUUGGAAUGCUCUUCUGGACAACCUGAGCUCACAGUUCAAGACAUCACAGUGCGCUGGAGACACAAUAAUCUGAACGUGUACGACAUUAUUAAUGGACAAGUUUCAGUAGAGGGACAAAAUCAAGCAUAUAAGAACAGAGCUGAUACCUUCCCUGAUGAAUAUAAGAAUGGAAACUUCUCGCUCAAACUCAACAAUCUUCAACACAGUGAUAAAGGAAGUUACACGUGCUAUAUUAUAAAUGAAUCAAAAUAUAAGAGUGUCAAUCUUAUUGUCGAAGAAAAACAAAAGAAAACGAGCCACGGAACAAAACCAAGACCAGAUUUGACCUUAAUCAUUUUUGCUAUGUGUAUUGGAAUUUUUUUUCUUGUGACUAACUCAGCCACAGGUUUUUUUGUGCCGGUCCCGAGCCCGGGUAAAUGAGGAGGGGUUUAAGCAGAAUUUCCACUAAGUCAGAUGGUCGCUCUGCACAGGCAAGAACUGAGUGACUUCCUGAAAAACAUUUUCUUUCUGCGUCUGCCCAUCUUCGCCUACACACAAAAAGAACAACAUCUGCACCUCGUCUGCUGAUCUUUGAUGCAGCUGUUUUAUAUUAUGUGCAGCAGUCGUUUAAAAUAAUCCCACAGUGACGUAAGCACAUUUAGCACUCAGUUAUUCUUGGCAGGAUAGUCCUGUUAUGGGCCAAACUUAGACAGAGCAAGGGACAGCAGCUGCAAUUCAGCACGAUGGGGUAAUAGAACAAAACUCAAGAUCGUAAACAACUGUGAUUAAUGAUGAGCUAAUUUAAAUACUUAAAAUUUCAGAAAUGAUCUAGGAGGAGUCCAAACUAACAGGGUCUUGGCCUGAAGGCAUUUGCAAGUUAACAAUUAAAAUCAUAGCACCACCAGAUGGCCAACACAAUUAAUCAGUUGCAAAAAUGUUUAAAAGAAUUUCAAAAAUGUACUAUCUGACUGCAGAUUUGCAUAUGGAAGGUGAGAUAUGCAAGGCAUUUUAGAAUGAUCAUAUUUGGGGGUCAAUGUGGCCACUAAAAUAUUUUAAGUUGUUCUUAUUUACAGGAAUGCUGCAUUUUCUUUAAUCAUUGUUAAAAUGCUUGUUACACAAUAUUGUUAUCGUCUUGUCCUUGAUCAUUUUCAUUUAAAUUUUUUUUUUAAAAUGUCAUUCCUUUUUAGAAUAAAACUUGAAUGUGCUGCUC